AUGGCGUCAGAGCUCGAAGGCUUGAUCGCUGGCCUUUUGGUCCAUAUCUCAUGCCAAGGCGAAAAAGGCUGUCCUGUGGCUGAUGUAUUGAAAUCAAUUCGCCACCCUACAACUCACAGCGAAUCGCCGCUGUCUGAAGGCAAUUCGGCUGUGCAAGACAGAACUGCCGCGUCAAUAUGGAGUUGGCUUGUUGCAAGACGGGAUAUUUCUGUUGGUGUUGAUCGCGAGUACAACGAUCUCACUCUGAAUGAAGUCUUGGCGCUUUCAGAUUCUGGCGACGCCCCUAAACUAGAUGCAGAGACUUCAGAGCCACAACCAGAUGACCCAGCAGAAGCUCAACAUGUCCGGGUGUACGCCUCCGAGGAUACCAUGUGGGAGUCCCUCACUGGCCAUGCAGUCGACUACAAGCGAGUUCCCAAGUCAGAGUGGAUGUUGCUCCUGGGUAUAGCUUCGACAACUACUCAGGGAAUUCUUCAAGGAGACCUUGGACGUCUUAUGGGGCAGGACAAGAGAAGUGUGCCGAAACGCACUGAUAGUCUACUUAAGAAGGGCUACAUUGUCAAAAGAACGACACUUGUACGUGGUACUAAGACGAGCAAAAUGUGGUUGAAGAUAUUCGCACCCCCUUUACCAAAAGAUGGUGAGGGCGCAGACGAAGUCCGACCAGACAUGACACUAACUCGGCAAAUUCUGAUCGAUGAUCUCGAACCUGUUCCUUGGUGUAUUCGUUGGAUUGGCGAGUCUAUCGACUAUAUCGCACUAGCUACGACCAUCAUGGCCAUUGUCAAAGAGUGGGGAGUUCUUCAAAUGAAAGACAUGAAGUCCAAGCUCGGCGUAUUGGGCAUGCGGUGGCAGAUGAAAGUGUUGGCCAAAGUAUGUCGGUUUCUCAACCAGCGUGGUGUAAUCCAGUAUGUUGCAGCAAAGCUAGGAGAAAAAGUAUUCAAGGACUGUGUCAAGUAUGUCCGAGAUCUCGACCCAGAAGACUGGGCAUUAUACCUAUCAACAGGCAAGAGAAAGAGCAAGACUGUCAGGCAUUCCGACCUGGACGGCUCUGAUGGAAACAAGCAACUUAUAGGGCAAGCUUCUAACGUCUCCGAGAUUACCAAAGCACCACCGUGGUCUCUGGACAAGCCAGUUCCAGUCAUUAUCGCUGAGAUGGCAAAACGACUGGGAGAUGCUGGACUUACGAACCCGGAUGUUUAUGCCUUAACUCUGGGUCCUUCUUACAGCCGAUAUCUUUCCUCGAUGACCACUGCAUUGUCGGUUACAAACUUGCAGCCGCCUCAUCUCGCCCACUUUCAGAUUUACAGCGAACACACGAGAUCCGGAAAGGUAGCAUCGUAUCGCUAUUUCGCACCAAAUGAUACUCCCUCAGCCCCUCCCCUUUCGACCGAUCCCGCCAACCACCCGCAAACUAUUGCGGAUACGUAUGGCUUCUCGUCAGUUCCCUCUGCAACUAUAUCACCCCAAGAGUCGCCAUCGUUAAUUGAUCUCUGUAAUAUGGGGAUGGUUGGUCGGAAAUCAAAAGGUCGCCCUACUAAGCCCAAGGCUAAAAAGCAGGGACCGACAGCCACGCCAAAAGCAAAGACGGCUAGGAAGCGACGCAGCGGAGUGAUUGAGAUACCGCCACAGGAUGCGGUUGUUGUUGUUGUUGACAGUAGCGCUCCUGCAGAAGAGCCUGUUGAUUCACAAGUACAAGAGGCUGUGAUCGAGGAGCCAAAACAGGACGAAGUCACACAAGCACAACCUGAAAUCGCACAAACAGAACCUGAAGUCACACAAGAAGAAACCGAAAACACAAACGGGGAUGAUGCAGUCUCUGAGCCCCAAACCGCCGGAAAGCUCAUAGUAACCCUGAAAGUGUCUCCUGACGCUCUGAAAAAAUGCCUCGCAAUUUCUCUCGAGAUUGUUGCGACCCCUGCCCGACAAACGCGUGCCCGUCCAACAAGAUCCUCAGCUAAGAAAGAUGAGACGAGAAUCGAGAGUACGAAUGCCGAUAACGACGAAUCUCAAGUUCAAGAAGUUGACGAGGAGGCACUUGGAGACGAUGCUUCUACCAAUACUCCACUCACCGGAAGAAAACGCGGUCGUCCGAAGAAGGGCGAGCCCAGGAGAAAAAGAAACGCAGAAAAAGCGAGUGCAAACGAAACUCCUUCGCGACCUUGGGCAUGUGAGAAAUGCGGCAGAGUGUGGAAGAAUGACAAUGGUUUGCUUUAUCACAUCACAAAAUCAAGAACAGCGUGCAAUCCUUCAUUCGAUGAGUCUACAAUAACACCGGCCCGACAUGGUAAAAAGCGAGCCGCUUCGGAAAUGGAUGACGAGGAUAUCACAACGCCUUCUGUUGAGAAACCACACGACGAGGAUCAAGGAAAUGUCGAAGAAGAAUUCAGAGAAGAGCCCAAGGAUCAGGAAAAGGACGAAGGUAGGGAGCUAACGGCUGAACAUGAGGAGGCGCCCACACCCAAGCGAGUAUCCAAACUACGUGGUCCUGUUGCUGGUCGCCCAUCGUGGGCUGCACGGCCUACAGUCAGCUUCAGGGGAGACGCAUUCCAAGUCAACCCAGAAUUGCAGCGACCUCCAGUUGCCAUGUUUGGUUCUUCAACACAACCUUCGCUAUUGAACGCAACCAACGGUGCCCUCGUGCAAGGUGAAAACGGUCAUUUACGGCCAGUUCUUGGGUCUCUGAACCGCUUCCCUCUUUCUGCAGGCUCGCCGAAGACGCCUCGUCCAAAAUACCAGAGAAAUGGAUCUCAGCCCACCACAGCUCAUCAACCAGAGCAGCCAGGAUCCGUGCAGCAUGAUGCAGAUGAGACGCCUAGUAAGGUCGGUUCUGUUGUCAAUGCUAAAACGUCCGCGACUAUUGAUGAACCCCCCUCUAAGACUGCCAUCAACAACCGGGUCUCUCAGAUCAUUAUGGGAAUACUGGGAGAACAGCAAGGCGUCUUCCCAGCAGACAAGCCUCUCUGGACAGCUAUCACUGCUCGAUGGACCGAAAACUUCCCAGAGGCAGUGCCCCAAAUUCGCUCAUAUCAGGCUGCGUUCCGGGAGAUGCUGAAAAACAAGAGUGUCGCCGAACAUUGGUUCACAUUUCGCAGCAGCAAAGGCGUUACCGAGAAAUGUCAUAUCGCUGUCCUGGCUGGAGUCGAUCCUUUCUCUCCUGAAGCUACAGAGGUAGUACAAAAGAUUCAAGAAGUCCACCCAGACCCAUACCUCCCGCCUCCAUUUGAUGCUCAGGUCGGUCAAGAUCUGUUGAAGCGUGGUCGAAGGGACCUCCCUGAAGAGGUUGAGCUACUAGAUGCACCUGUAUAUGUGGCACGAGCUGCUCAGAAACGGGCUCACAAUGAGCAUGAAGACGACAGAGAUGACUUCCCGCCUCCUGCAAAACGAGGACGGAAGCGCAAGAGUCUGAUCGUAAGAGGGCGUUUAUCAAGAGGUGGAGCACGGCAAGGGUCCAUGGGAGAAUCAUUGCGUUAUAAGCCAUUCGAAUCUUCCCACGAUGCCUUCGAAGCUCUUGAGUUCCUUGAACCCAACACAAUGCUGGGAAGAAAGGGCAACGAUGUAUCAAAGGACUGUUUCACUGACGGAUUUACUACUGCUUCCAACGACAUUUCAGGAGAUAUCAUCUUCGACAAACCGAUUAUCGUUUCUGGCUAUGACGGUAUUUGGCCGUAUAUUAGCCCAUCGGACUUUGAGAUGCAGGAUGGUAGUUACACGUUGAGGGGUUGGCAGCCUGACAAGAAUUGGUUUGCUUGGUCGUCAAUGAUAGAGAUGAUUGACCGGAAAGCACAUGCGCUCAAUCGUCAGAAGUUUCUGCGUCAAGGCAAGAUCGAUCCGUACGAGUCAUUUGUUGGCAAGUUAUAUUGCUGCGUGGACUUGGAGCGGGCAUGGUCCGAAGCAUUCAUUCAUGCACCGCAAGGCGCUGCAGGUCCUCACAAUAUCUUCGUGUCAUUCUCUAGUACAGUUGGCAACGACAGCGUGGAGACUUCGGCUCUCUCUUGGCCUUUGGAAUGGCAACUGGCCCCCAAGUCUUUCCCAGGAGACGUUCCAGAUCGUGCUCUCCUUGUGGACUCUUCAUCUGAUGAGGAGAGCGACAGCGAUGAAUGGCCGAGGUUCUCCUCUUCCGUUCCUAAUUCUGGUUCUGGUAACGCACGCCCACGCAGCAACCUCCCACGGUCGUCCACCAGCAAGCAGCAUACAUCGUCGCGUCAAUCACCUGGGCCAUCUAGCCAGAUGGAACCGGAGCCAUUGCCCAAGACACGUCGCCUUCUGCCUAUUCCUGCGGCAAGACGACUACCAGGCCAAGAUGAUCAUCUGAUUGCCGACCCAGACCAAGAAGAACGUCUCCUUGCUGCCUUUGUGGCCGUGCGGGUUCUACUUGGCGGUGUCGAGCUAUCCAUUGACUGGGGAAUGUUACUUGAGCUUUUCCCCAACUUUGGCCUCUAUGCUAUUCGCAAAUUCUGGGCUCGUAUUCGCCAGAGUGCCCAUCUCAAGAAACUUACCAAAGACUUUCAAGAUCAGGUAGUGAUAGCCUUUGAAAAGGACGAGCUUCUAAUACCCGACUUUGAUGCCCCGUUGGACUAUGAUUGGCACAGCCUGAUCGACUGGACACUUCGUCUUCCUCGGCGAAGGGGUAUCGACCUUCCAUCCACUAGAGAAGCAUUUGAAGCAAUGUUUACACUUACUUCAGUGGCUACUCACGAUGAAGACGAUGCACGGAAGAUAUUCUACAACCCGCAAUCAUCUGUUUCGUCCCGAUUGAACGCAGUGUCUACUUCAGCUGUUGUCACUGUCGACAAGAUGCUUAGUGGUGGUGCCCGUGUUCGUGGUGGUGAACAUGUUGAGAUUACCCAGGAUGUCAUUGCCAGGUCCUGGGUCAAGUCACUUUGUUACACAGACCCGAAACACUGCACGGUUGAGCAAAUGCAGCACAAGUUCGCUAUGAUUGCAGGAGGAGACAAGGACGCAGCUAAUGAAACCCUUAAGAAAGCAAUCGACGCGUUGAAGAAAGAUGGCAUUAUUGCCAAGAGCGAGAAGUUCUCUCUUUCUACCCAGAAUUAUUAUUUCAAGAAAGUAUGGCAUAAUGCGCUGGAAAAGCAUGCCCAACGAACAAAGUAUCAGCAAGCAGCGGACUUCAAGACGAAACUGGAUGAAAUCUUUCGCCGCGGAGACAGCUAUCAAAUUCCUUCCAACCCUAACGACGGGUCUGUUAUGGCGAUCUUGGGAUUGAACGCUUCAGAGAGGAUCGAGUUGUGCCCUACCAACGUACCACACAUCCCUCUCGGCUUUGUCCCUCUACAGUAUGAGUCAAGGAAGUUGGAUAAAUCAGUAUUCCAUUUCGAUCUUGUCAUUGUCCCAACCGAGUCUUAUAAGUAUAACGAGGAUAUCGAUGUCCUGCAGCGGAGUGUCAACGAAGGACCUCCCACGGCAGGCAAAGACAAAGGCAAUAGCGUGCUCCCACAUUGGGUUGAUAUAUUCGGACGCAGAGAAGCGGAACGUUGGAUGGAUGUCUUGGGUGCUUUUUGCUUCGUCUUUGCUACAAGGGGUUAUGUAACCAUCGAAGGCGUGUGCAAUGCCUUGUAUCCGGUCUUGGAAAAGUUCGAGGCCAAGAUGAUCAUGGAUUGGGGCCUGAAAACGGGUGUGCUUGAGGAAUCAGAGCUAGGAGUCAAAGUAGGUGAAUGGUGGUGGUUGGCAGUACCCUGGCAAUGGGGACGCCAGUUUCAACUCAGGGGACGUCGUCAGAGUCCAGACUAG